CUCUACCUCUGUGACGUCAACAUGUGCACUGUAGGAGUUGUAGUCCUUCAGUCUGCACUUCCUGUUCAGUGACUGCGCUGAGUUCAGAUCAGUGUGACAAGAAGAAACUUUACAACAAACAACCUUGACAGUGAAUGGUGACUGUUAUUCUGUCUAACAUCUCAGAAGACAAUGUCUGUGUUUGAAGUGUCUAGCGCCACCAGCAGGCCCAUCACUGCAGUGGCAUGGGCAUCUAACAGCACCACCUGUCCCAGUCAUUGCACCCUGAUCAGUCUCACUGAAGAUGGCGUCUCAGCUAACUUCAGUCGGGGGUUUGGACUCAAAUCAGGAUACUUUCUGUGUUACAGCAAGGAUCUGUCUGGUGGGAUGGUCGUGGCAGAUGUGCAGGUGAUUUCUGAUAAAGAGACGAUUCCUCACGGUUACUGCUACAUCCCAGAAUACCUGGAGCCCAAGGCAUCUGUUGGGAAGAAGAAGCGUGUCUGUGUGCGGAUGGUUCCUGUGGGCAGCAUUACAACAGCAGUUCUAGAGCUCAGACUGACGGCCAAGAACAAGACCAUGCUGCAGAAAUACACCUGCCUGGGGGACAUGAAUGGAUUUGUUAUCUGGUGUUUAAAGGGCCCGUUCUCCACUCCAGUGCCUCAGGCCAAGCCACGUAGUGUCAGUCUGGACUUGAGAAGUCUCUCACUAGAUGGAGCUGGACCAGCACUGCCUCUCAAACCCAGCAACCAUCCUGCUGCCCCCCUGAAGGUCAGUCGAUGUCGGAGUAACCUGGAAACGAGCAAGUCAUUGGAGGGGGUGCCCGACAGUGGUAACCAUAGUAACAUCUAUGGUAUAACAGCGAUGGAUGGAGUUCCUUUCAUUCUACACCCGAAGUUUGAGUCUCAGUCAAACACAAAGGUGUCUAUAAGCUCAUUAUGUGAUAUCCGGAUAAAAUCAGUGCAGGACAUUGAGAACGAGUAUAACUACACAUUUGCAGUGGAAGAACUGGCAUCAAAGAGAAUUCGUCCAUCAGUGACAAACUGAGACAAACUCUUUGUAUCAGAAGUCAUUUGAUCAGUGAUUUUUGGCGCUUUUCUGGUUCAGUUUCUUAGGGAAAGUUUGUCCUGGUUCCUUUUCUCUCAUCUGUCACUCUAAUUCUUUUUUUAUUAUGUGGGGUGGUUAAACAUGAAGGAUUGUCUGUAUCCAGACACAUGUUCAUAAUGUUGCGAUAAGCUUUUCAUGUGUUACAGUCUGAUGUGUCUUAGAAACACCAACAGGCAAAUCAAAGCACCUGUUUAUUACAGAUAUGUAUGGAUGUUAUAUGUUAUUUUAUAAGUGUAAAGCCAAAAUAUAUCUGGUUUGGGAUUUUGAACUAUACUUUUGUUUUUACAUAACUUCACACUAAUAUUCUUUAUUUAUCUUAUAAAAAUAGGCUAUAUAUACAUUUCAGAAAUGGUGGGACCAAACAUUGAUGUUCGUACUUGCUGCUUUUGAAUAUUUUUAUAUAUCUGAUAGUUACUGUAUGGUGCUUUGUGAGUUCUUUAAAUCACAUUUCUACUUGCUCUGCUGAAAUCUGUCAGCUUUUUUGUGGAAAUUAGCUACAUUUUUCUUAUCAGAUUUUGUCUGAAUAAAUGAAUAGAUUUAAAGGGAAAUCA